ACCAUGUCCUCAUGAAAGCAAUAGUUUAUGGCAUAGAGGUCUCCAUACGACUAUAACCAGUUUAGUACUUUAUGAAAACAAACUGCUUAAUUAAAUCUGAAUUAACUUUAAAAAAAAAUCAACGACUUUUCGAGACAAGAAGGAGGAGAUGAAUUACGAAUUUGGGCGAGAAAGUGGUUUUAUCAACAGCCAGCCGUCGCUCGCUGAGUGCCUGACAUCUCUCACUAACCCUGUCGGUGAUGCAUUUCAAAGUUCAUCAAUCAAGAGCUCGGCGCUUUCACACUCGACACUGAUUCCUCCUCCUUUUGAGCAGACCAUCCCCGGCCUGAACCCGGGCAUCCACCCACGACACAGCCGCUCAAAGCAGGCUCUGAGAGGCUGCAGCCCGCUGCAGGCUGCAUCCCUACCCCCGGAAUACCCGUGGAUGAAGGAGAAGAAAAGCAUCAAGAGAAACCAGACUACAGCUGCUGCUUCUGCUGCUGCUUCUUCUGCUUCUUCUGCUGCUGCAGCCGCGACAACGACUGACUCCUCGCCACUCUACUUCUCCCCCCAAGGUUCACCAGAGAUCCCAGAGGGUGGUGUUGGCGGUUCAGGGUCAUCCCGGAGGUUGAGGACUGCGUACACCAACACCCAACUUCUGGAGCUGGAGAAGGAGUUUCAUUUUAACAAAUAUCUGUGCAGACCGAGGCGAGUGGAAAUAGCCGCUUUGCUGGAUUUAACAGAGAAGCAGGUGAAAGUGUGGUUUCAAAACAGAAGGAUGAAGCACAAGAGGCAGACCCACUGCAAGGAGAACCGGGACAGUGAGGGGAAAUACGCGUGCAUGGAUGACGGGCCGGAGGACGAGUUUGAGCAGGAGGAGGACAGCAGCGUAGCCGGGACGCUCCUGGAGAGGGAGAGGUAUUUCCAGCAAAAUACCUUGACUUCACAACAGUGUCAGAACGGGCACAAUGGGGACCACCAAAGCCCGGCUGUUACGCCUUUGAACAGCAAUGAGAAAAAUCUGAAACAUUUUCAAAAUCCGGCACCCACUGUUCCUAUCUGCGUGUCAACAAUAGGCCCGGACAAUGAUCAUUCCCCUGACCUGGACGUCUCUUUGCAGGAUUUCCAAGUUUUCUCAUCCUCGUCCUCUUUCUCACCAAGUUUGUCAGAUUCAACAGAAAGUCCCCUGCCUUUAUCAUCCGAAACUUUUGACCUUUUCUCAGAAACACUCACAACGAUUGACCUGCAAAACCUGAGCUAUUGAAACAUUUCAACAAUGUUUUAUUUGAAUUAAGACACUUGUGUGUUCAGUUUAUGUGUUCAGUAAUAGAUCUCACAAAUAAGGUAAGUUAAAACAAAAGCAACAAAGCUACUACUUAGCCUAUAGUUUAUUCUAUGAGGCUGCGAGAUACACAGUUUAUUUUUAUAUGGAUUCCGACUAUAACUGAGCAGAAUAUUUUUCUUGAAAUAAAACUUUACAUUGAUUGUAA